AUUAAAGGAUAUGGGACGGGAACGUAAGAAUGGGAUGGGGUUCGGAAAAUUCGGUGUAUAAGAAGAGUAGGGGUUCUGCUGCGUUGUAAAUCUUGAAGAUCUUCAACACAUGUGAUAUUAUUUGAAUUCGCAUACAUUCAGUCAUACCUCAUCACAGCACCUCACACAAUCAAAGCUUUCCAGAAACUCCCAAACAAAUACGAAAAUGCGUACCUCCCUCUUUUCCAUCUCGACCCUCCUCGCUCUCCCUCUCACAGCCUUAGCCGAUUUCCACUACGGUUUCUCAGAUUACACAAUCACGACAGCCACAGGGAGAUAUGCCAUGAUUUUACCAGCGUCUCAGACAAACUGUACUGAGGCGUAUGAUUUCUAUCCCAAGGGACCAUUUGGUUUUGAGGUUCCCACGGGCCAGGUGAAGGUCGCCAUAUGCGGUGUAGAAGUCAAUCUCAACGUAAUUUCAGGCUCUUGGUACACAAGUUCUAGAAAUAUCCUAGAAGGCAAUUGUACAGCCGUUAACACGACGAACCCAACGGCUGGUGUGAGAACACCAGUUUGCAGGAUUGGUUACAACAGUGGCUCAAGCUAUACGGAUAUUUGGAGGUGUCCGGGAGCUGUUUGUAAGACUGAGUUGUAGGGAACGAAGUAGGAGUGUGAACCCGAGAAUAGGUGGCUGAAUAGAAUUAUAAUGGCAUUAAUAGCGGGAAAGACGUCGUCCAAACUAGAUGCUGCCGAUGUUGGCGAGCCGACGGUUGAAGUGGUAGACGAAAGCAUGGAGGCAUGCAUAUAGUCGUGGAUACAUAAAGUUAAUGUCGUAAAGUAAUGUAAUGAACAAAGACAAUGAGAAAUGAAUAAUGUCCGGAAUCUGUCUAUAUGAGGGAUAGAUUAUCAAUCCUUGAAUUCGAACUAUCCUAUUCCAACCGUUA